AGCUGCGGGGGUGUUCUGGUUUUCUUCCGGAUCCUGGGGUCUGGAAGCGGUGAAGUACGCUCCGAGGCCCAGCGGGUGUGGAAACGGGUUUCUGAGCGUCCUCUGACGUUGGCGGUCUCGCUCCGUUUCCCUGGAGUGUGUUGGGCGAACCUUUCCGUGAGGUUGUCCGGAAGGACAGGGGCCGCCGGCUACGCGAUUAGGUCAAGUGACUGACACCCAAGUCGGAUGCCUGGGUCACCACAGCUUGGGCCAGCGGGGUGACGGGGCUCAAUUGGCAAUUUAGAUAAAGAGGUGUGCUAUGUAUAAAAGGGGAUAUUUUCCAUGACAAAUGAAAAUGGCCAAUUCUUUAAGAAGAGAAGUAUUGAAUCUUUAUAAAAAUCUGCUGUACCUUGGACGAGACUAUCCAAAAGGAGCAGACUAUUUUAAAAGGCGUCUGAAGAAUGUUUUCCUUAAAAACAAAGAUGUAAAGGACCCAGAGAAGAUCAAAGAACUUAUUGCACGGGGCGAAUUUGUAAUGAAAGAGCUAGAAGCUUUGUAUUUCCUUAGGAAAUACAGAGCUAUGAAACAACGCUAUUAUUCAGAUACCAAUGAUACUAACUAAUCAUUACUGUAUUUGACCGAAAAUCAGUGCCAGCUGUUUAACAAAUAUUAUGAAAAUAAUUCCAACUUAAAAUGGCAAGACACAUCAUAUACACAUCAUAUAAACAAUACCUAGGCUGCCUUAUUGAACUAAAAUAGUUUCGGCUUCUAUUCAUACUGAGAGCUUUAUUAGCAACCUUUUAUGUUCAAUUUUUAUAAUAAAAUAGCAAUUUACCUACAUAAUGUUCCCAACUACUAAUUGUAAAUAAAUGAGCACCAAUUCUAAAUGAAAAGACAAUGUACUUUAAAUAGCUUUUUUAACUUAAUAGGUUUUUGCCAAUUAUUCUUAGCCCACUUCUCCAUUUUACUGACAGUGCCACUUAAUUCCUAUUUAACUAGGCAAAAUAAUUUCUUGCACAUUUAUUCCUUUAACUUUUGAAGGAGUACCUUAUUUUUCACCCCAUUUGGUACCUUAGCAAGGUUCACUACAAAACAAAUAGCACCUGGUCAUGAUUUAAGUGCAGUUCUAAAAAUAAUAAUAUAUGGAGUAAGAUUACUACUGAUCUUGAAAUAACCCUGGUUCCCAGUUAAUGGUAGAUGGGCAAAUAAGACUGGUGAAGAGCGAACAACCCAUACGAGGGUCACAUGAACUGGCAACAUCCAGUGGGGUAGAUGAUACUUCUUUAUGUGUAAUUCAUUAAUGCUUCUAGAGUGGCAGCUCCUUAAAGACACCAGGACAGUCUGCCAAUGGUUGGCGUCACAUACAUACCUAUUCAAUACUUCCAUUAUUUUGCUGUUGGCUCCCUUUGGUCCUUAAAACAAAUCAUCUGUUGUGUACCAAUUACCUUCUUUGAUAAAAAGUAAUAAUGUUAUUCUAUUCUAUUUGUCAUAAAGGCAGAUCUGUUUUGCAUCCACUUCUAAAUGAGUUAACAUGGCAACAGACUUAAACCUAAGAUGGCCUUAGGUUUAAGCAAAAUCUAAACCUUUACAUAAUGUUCACAGCACCUUAAUAAAUAAAGAAUAUUUCUCAUAAAUAAAGAAUAUUUCUAACUUACAAGCUGCAAAAAAAAAAAAAAAA